AUGGAAGCUAAACAGAACUCCCAAUUACCUCACAUAGUCAUGUUACCACCUCCAGCACUAUUAGGUCAUCUCAUUCCCUUCAUUGAGUUUGCUAAAAAGCUUGUCUUCCAGUAUAAUUUCUCAGUCACCUUCAUAAUCCCAAGUGAUGGUUCGUCCAUUAACUCCCAAAAGGCCUUACUUGAAACCGUUCCCGUGAACUCUAUUUUUCUUUCUCCAGUGUCCAUUGAUGAUCUCCCUAAGGGCUCAGGUAUCGAAACCCGCAUGUCAAAUAGCAUAAUUCGAUCACUGCCGGCUAUUCGCGGAAGGUUGAAUGAACUCAACAAGUCUAAUCGUAUUUCAGCUCUUGUGGUGGAUCUUUUCUGUCCAUUCGCCAUUGAUGUAGCUAGAGAAUUCAGUAUUCCCACUUACAUCUUUUUUAUUACAGCAGCCACGGACUUGUCACUGGGCUUCAAUCUGCAGGAACCCGAGUCCAGUUUGUCUGAGUAUGGAAAUUUACAGGAAACCGUUGAAUUAGCCGGUUCUCUAACAUUACACGGGUCAGACAUACCCGAUUCGAUACGAGAUAAGAGCAAUGAUGCCUAUAAAUGGACUGUUGAGUUGUGCAACAGGUACAGAUUAGCUGAUGGAAUCAUUGUUAAUAGUUAUCUGGAGUUGGAAACAGAUGCCUUUAAGGAUUUGCAGCAACAUGGAUCGAGCAUUCCACCGAUUUAUCCGGUUGGACCGCUGAUACAAUCCAGCUCGGAUAGUGAAACUGACCCUGGAUCCAAAUGUAUUGAAUGGUUAAAUCAGCAACCACCUAGGUCUGUGCUGUAUGUUUCCUUUGGCAGUGGCGCCACAUUAUCGAAGGAACAAUUUAAUGAAUUGGCGUUGGGUUUGGAAAUGAGUGGGCACAGAUUUCUUUGGGUUGUGAGGAGCCCACAAGAAAAUGCUGUGGCUGCCUAUUUCAGUAAUCAAAAGGCUAAAAGCCCUUUUGAUUAUCUGCCCACAGGGUUCUUGGAGAGGACAAAAGACAAGGGUCUAGUUGUGGAUUCAUGGGUUCCUCAAGUACAAAUCUUGAGCCAUGGCUCAACAGGAGGGUUUGUGACACAGUGUGGGUGGAAUGCAAUUCUUGAAAGUGUAGUGAAUGGUGUGCCUGUAAUUGCAUGGCCACUAUGUUUUGAGCACAAGAUGAAUGCAGUAUUCUUGACUGAUGGUUUGAAGGCUGCAAUUAGGGUUAAGGAGAAUGAGAAUGGCCUUGUUGAGGAAGGGCAAAUCUCAAAUCUUGUAAAAGAAUUGAUCGAAGGAGAAGAAGGAAAACAAGUUCAACACAGGAUGAGAGAGCUCAAGAAUGUUGCUGCAAAGGCCUUGACCCUGGAUGGAUCUUCCACCAAGUCAUUUGUCGAGGUUGUCCGAAAAUGGACCGGCAACACGCAAUGCUAG